AUGCUCAGCCAGGUGAAAAUUGUCGACAGCGGCGAUUGGAAGUUCAAUGCGUCGGGGAAGCUUUUGCGGAACGCGGUGCCUUUGGAGGAGGUCGUGCGAGAGGUGAAGCAGGACGGGUGGGAGGCCUUCGACAAGAGCGAGUGCUCUGAGCUGGAGCUCGAGAUCGCGCAGUGCCUGGCGCCGCAGGUGACAGAGGCUUGGAGUCGCAACGACCACUUCAUGGAGGACCUGGGUGUGGACUCCGGCGGCUUCGGCCGGCUCAUCACCAAGAUGCGCGCACGGCCCAGGCUGCACAAGGUGGACCUCCAGAUGCUCUUCGAGUACCCCACGGUGGCCGCGCUCGCAAAGCACCUCUCUGAGGAGUCGGCGGACUCGGACGACGAGGCGACCGACUCUGCGGGUGAGACCUUUGUGGAUGCCUUCCUGGCCUCCGACGUGACAGCGAACCCACACAGCCUGUGCUAUGAGUCUCGCUGCGAAGCUUUGAGCCACCUGCAGAUGCAGAGGUUGGCCUCUGCCUAUCAGCGGCUGCUGCAUCGCGCCAAGCCACGGCGGCCCGCCCCUGUCGCCAUUCUUUUGCAAGGAUACCAGCAGAUGGCUGCGAUGGUCGCAGCAUGCAUGGAGGGGUUCGCCUUCUGCUUGCUUGACAACACUGAACAUUUGGCCGAGCAGCUGCAGCAGCUGGGGCCCUGCGCCGUCAUGGCAGAGCCACAGACGCUCUCCGAGCUGGCCUGGAAGGCCCAGACCAGCGCCGCCUUGGUGGACGUGAGCGGCGCUUCUGCCGUCCUCGCCCAAGCGCCGCUGCCGAACCUUGGCGCCCAGGCGCAGGACGCUGCGUGCGUGGCCCUGGCACCGGGCACCCACCCAUUGCCGCUGUCCCACACGCAGCUGGCGGUUUUGGUGGAAGCCUGGCGUCCACAUUUGGCGCCGGCAAAGCGUGUGCAUCUCAGCGCCGGUCUGGGCACCUGCCCCAGGACGGUGGCCGCCGUGGCCGCGGCGAGCUGCGGCGCCACGCUGGUGGAGGAGCGCCCGCAGCUGGUGAUUGCUGAGGUGUCCGGGCGAACAACCAAAUGCUCGCAGACCUUGGUGGUGGCGGGCCAGACGUGGUUCACCGCCGUGCCGGAGGCCACACGCAUGCCGAAGAGUGCUACGGCGUCCCUGGACAGUCGCUUCAGCGGGCUGGCCUGCUCCCCGAGCAACCUGUCCCUGGCAACUGAACUGGGGCCCUACAUGCUGGGCCGCGCGAAGACCAGGAGCUACGGGCCCAACAGUUGGCCGAAGCUGUGCGCGACGGUGCAGGGCCUGGCGAUAUUGGCUCAGCCGGUGAUGGUUGCAGCAAGGCUGCUCCUCGCCGAGCGCGUCUUGCUGCCCAUGAUCUUUGUGGCGCCUAUGUGGCUCAUAGCCGUCGUUCUGCUCGCCUUGCUGACCUUCGAGCAAUUCCUCCGUCUAUUCCUCCUGGCGGCCAUGAAGUGGAUACUCAUUGGCCGCUACCGCGAAGGCGAUCACGACAUUUAUAGCUUGUACUACCUUCAACAUUGGCUGGUGGAGCACAUGGCUAAGGGCACCCUGGUGGGGCAGGCGGCACAUCAGGGGAGCAGCAUCUCCUUCCUCUUCGUGCGCAACCUCGCUUUGAAGGCCUUGGGGGCCAACAUCCACUCCACCGCGGUGAUCACCGCCCGCUGCGUUGCCUAUGACUUGAUCAGCGUGGACGCGCUUGCUACGGUGCACGGGCCGAGGCACCUGACGGCGGUAAACUAUGGGGAGCGUCGCAUGGUGCUUCGACCCGUGAAGGUGGGUGCUGGCGCAUACGUGGGCGCCAACUGCACUUUGGAGCCAGGCUGUGAGGUCGCUCCUGCGGGGUACGUGGAGCCCCUGUCCACGGUGAGCAGCCGUAUGUUGGUGGACAGCCGGGUCUCAGGUGUGCCAGCGAAGGUGGUGGGUCCCUUGGACUCCAGCCGUUUGGUGAAGCCGGAGGAGGUGCGCAGCUUCCGGCGCUGGGCGGCGGCGCUGGCGACGGGGUACUGGAUCCUCCUCAUCCCCAAGGCUGCGAUGCCCUUGCUGGCCGCAGUGGGCUUUCAAUUGAUUGCCUCCUUUUACAAGAACAAGACGGAGGUGAAAAGUGAGAUGCUGGCAGAUGUUCAUUCGGACGCCUUGCCGCUGGUCUUCCUGGACAAGCUGAAGUGGAUCCCGAUCCUCGCCUUUGUUGUGUCAACUCUGCACACAGUGAUGCAGCUGCUGAUGACGGCCGCCUUUUGCCGGCUGCUUCCGAAAGUGAUGCAGCCUCCUUUUCAGCGCUCUCUGGUGAGCAUUCGUGCACAGAUCGCUGGGCUGAAGAUGUCGAUGGUGCUGCAGGCCUCGGAGAUGUUGGCCGACGCCUCCAUCGUGCCGUGGUUCAUCCGGAUGUGCGGGGCAUCCUUCGGACAUGGCUGCGCCAUGGGCUUGCAGGUGACUUUGCCAGAGACUCUGGAGGUAGGCGAUGGCUGCUUCUUCGCCACGGGCAACAUCCUCACCAGUGUGGACGUGGACCAAGGUCGAUUCAACGUACCUUGCAAAACGGUCAUGAGCGACCACACCUUCCUGGGCAAUCACAAUCACCUGCCGCAGGGCCUUCCAGAGGGCAGCUUUUGCGGAGUCGGC